GGAAACAAUCGUUACAUUGAUUUUAUUCGAUUUGGAUAGACAGAUUCAUUGAAUCGACCGAGUAUCAUCACAUUGUCAGUAUGUUUUUAAUUCGUUUUGCAGUAAUUUUAUCAAUAUGUUUCGACGAUUUAAUCGAUGCAUUUGGGAUUCGAAACUCGGAUUCGAAACCACCACAAAAAAUGGUCGAUUUAACAAAACCCAUGCACGAUCUAUGUGUUAGAAUGACUCAUGUUCCCGAAGAAGUGAUUCAAGACUUUGUACAAGCCGACAUUAGUCAAAUUGAAGACGUAGAUAAUCGACUUAAAUGCUAUAUGUAUUGUUUUCUGCACGAAGUUGAGCAUUUUGACUUUUCGGAGCAGGUGGACAGAGUUUCUGAUCUUCUAACGGAUGACGAAAAUGAUAUUCUCGUCAGUAUGAUUGACAAAUGUGAGAGUUUGGAAUAUUCCAAAGAUCCAAAAUUUGAUGCAUGCGAUUAUGCAUUUGAAUUGGAAAAAUGUUGGAAAAAAUUCGACCCAAAGCAUUACUACAUAUUAUGAAUGUUACGAUACGAAUGUGUUGUUAAUGUCGUCGCAAAUGUUCUUGUUUUUAAUGGAUUGUGAUUUAAG